AUGGAGGUCCUGCCCUGCUCCAGGGUGGCUCACAUCGAGCGCAAGAAGAAGCCCUACAACAACAACAUCGGUUUCUACACCAAGCGCAAUGCCCUGCGGGUGGCCGAGGUGUGGAUGGACGACUACAAAUCGCACGUCUACAUAGCGUGGAACCUGCCGCUGGAGAAUCCAGGUAUUGACAUUGGGGAUGUUUCUGAGAGAAAAGCGUUAAGGAAGAGCUUGAAGUGUAAAAAUUUCCAGUGGUACCUGGACCACGUUUAUCCAGAAAUGAGAAGAUACAACAACACCAUCGCUUAUGGCGAGCUUCGAAACAACAAGGCGAAAGACGUCUGCCUUGACCAGGGCCCGCAGGAGAACCACACAGCGAUAUUAUACCCGUGCCACGGCUGGGGACCGCAG